ACAGUUCUCUUCGUCCUUUCGUCGUCGUGACGACACAUCGAGGAUCUCGACAGCCGCGACGAUGGAAACAUGAGGACACUGGAGGAUCGUGUACUCGAUCGAUGCAGCUCCGAACCUGUCGACCAUAAAUGACCGAUGUGACGCAGCCCAUCAGGAAUAUUUUCACGCAAAAUGAUUCGUGCCCUUGUCCUUCUGUGCAUGGCCGUUCUACCUCUUGUACGAUGCCACAAGAUCCACGAACACAUGACAAGGGAGGAGAUAUUAUCGGUGUUUCACACGGGACACGAGUCUGUACCGACGUACGAAGUUAUACCUGUGCUGCAUUCGAUGCACAAGAGAAGUAUAGGGAACCCAGAGAUACACCUGAAGGCAUUCGGGAAGGACAUCAGUCUGUCGUUGAAGCCUACGGAAGGGUUGCUGACAGUGAAUCAUUUACCUAUGUGGACUGUCACGAAGGAUACGUCGCAACCUGGUGGUCUCCACUAUGAGAAGGUGACAAACGCCGACACAGAUAUCGGUGACAUCUAUCAAGACACGACGAACAUGGCGUCCAUUCUGCUGCACCGGGACGCGAAUGGGAAAGUGCUCGUUGAUGGUAAUAUUGGUUCAGAGCUAGUGAUUCGACCACUGCCAGAUAGGAUAUUAGACGAACUGGUAAGCAAGAAUUCCAGUCUCCUUCACGGAGAGGAGUUACUGCCAAACGUGACGCGAAGCAAAGGGAACUUGAAGCGCACGAGUCAUCACGUGGUGUACAAGAAAGUGGCUCGCACGAGCGGCGACGAAUACAGCGAUUUCACACUGAUGGAACCUGACCAUUUGGCCAAGAGGUACAGAUCGAAACGAUCGAUCACCACUAGAACGAAGAGGGAAGCGCCGUAUGUGAUCUACCCGGAAAUUCUCUGUAUCGUGGACUACGAUGGAUACAGAUUACACGGCGGUGAUAACGUACAAAUCAAAAGGUACUUCGUAUCCUUCUGGAACGGAGUGGACCUGAGGUACAAGCUGUUAAAGGGGCCAAAGAUCCGCAUCAGUAUCGCUGGAAUUAUCAUAUCACGGGGAAGAGAUGCUACGCCGUAUUUGGAAAGAAAUCGCGUUGGACGGGACGCGAUCGAUUCGGCAGCUGCGUUGACCGACAUGGGCAAAUAUCUCUUCCGAGAGAGACGACUUCCGGUGUACGACAUCGCUGUCGCCGUCACAAAAUUAGAUAUGUGCAGGAGGCAAUACGCGAAUGACGUGUGCAAUAGAGGAACCGCAGGAUUCGCGUACGUGGGUGGAGCUUGCGUCGUGAAUAAACGCCUAGAAAAAGUGAAUUCGGUGGCUAUUAUCGAAGACACGGGCGGAUUUAGCGGGAUUAUCGUCGCAGCACACGAAGUUGGCCAUUUGCUUGGCGCAGUUCACGAUGGCUCGCCACCACCCAGCUACCUCGGAGGUCCAGGGGCCGAAAAAUGUCGCUGGGAGGAUGGCUACAUUAUGAGUGAUCUCAGACACACCGAGAAAGGCUUUAAAUGGUCCCAUUGCAGCGUGUCGUCGUUUCACCAUUUCUUGAAUGGUGACACAGCAACGUGCUUGUACAACGCACCUCACGAAGACGAAGCUCUUCCUCGAGUUUUACCUGGGAAACUUCUUUCGUUGGAUGCACAAUGUCGAAAGGAUCGCGGAACGAGCGCCUGUUUCAAAGACGAUAGAGUUUGCGCUCAACUAUUUUGCUUUGACGCUGGUUCAGGAUACUGCGUGGCCUAUCGUCCAGCGGCGGAAGGUUCUGCUUGUGGAGACGGCCAGUAUUGCCUGAACGGGAAAUGUGUGGCCGAACACGAGAAUAUUAUACCAGAUUACACGCAAAACAUUCCAACGUACGUGCGCCGAGACGGCAAUUUCAACCCAACAGCCCUCAAUCGGCCUCUAUAUGCUCAAUACAACAAUACAGAGUACAGGUAUCCGUGGGAAUCGACGACACACAGCACGCCACAAUCGAAAUUCAAAUACUCCUCGCCGUCGUCGAAUCUCUUCUCGUCGACGAGCAAUCCUUACAAACGCGUCACAUCGUCCGCCACCACACCGGCGACCAAAUACACCUACACCACUGCCAGUUAUUUGUACGCCAAUAAAUACAAGACUAAAGUAAACAAUAGUAACGACAAUAAUAGUUAUAGUAAGAACGGAUACGCUGCUGGUACCACUACCAGGAGGUAUACGAAUUAUUCGUACUACACGGUUAGUCCGAUGUCAAAGAUCAACGAUCUGAAUUAUCCGAAAAUUAGCCCGUUCAGGCAUAAGAGUACGGUGAGCACGGGGUUCGCAGCAUCAGGCAAACGGGAUCAAAACGGUCUUCAGGGCGAUGCUCGCGAACCAGAGGGCGAUGAGUGCGUGGACGAGGGGUCAGAUUGCGCGGAGCUGAUUGACAGGCUGAGAACAUGGCUGUGCCAUUUGCAAUCUAUGAAAACCCGCUGCUGCGCGUCCCUAAAGACGAUCUGUGCCGCUUGAUGGGCAACGUUGAAACGGUUCUUCCGGUUCGUUAAGGAGUUCACGUGGCUACGCAUCCAGAGACCACCGCAGGUUCGACAUCGAACGCUCGUGGCGCGCACUCAGCACGCGUUCAGCUCAUGGAGCAGACCAUAUUUUCCAUUGGAGAGAUUUGGGACAUUAGGCGAAUCAUGUGAUUCACAUCGUGUCGUUCGGUCAGCAUGAUUUCUGAAAGACCAGACAUCUUACGAAGUCUUAAAUGCUCUGGUGGUCGAAACCGCACGAAGAACGAAUGUGCAAUUCAAUUUUUAUUAAGUAGUUACAUAAUCUCACUGUGUUACCCAGAAUAUAACUUCUCUCUCUCUUUCUCUCUCUCUCUGUUUCUUUCUUCUUUCUCUUCUGUAUUUCUUUUUCUUUUUUUUUUUUUAAGAAUAGUAUCGCAGGAGCUUUGUACAGACAACAGGCGUGAAGACACGUUGAAUGAAAACGUUCAAUCAGUUAUAUCCGUUAUGUAAGUUCGAUCGUAUAUUUAUUCGGUGCAUCGCGCAAGAGAUCUUUGUGUUAUGAUAAAAAUAUUCACGCGAGCGUGUUAGCUACGGACGCGCAAGCACACGCGAGAAAACGAGCUUCCCUUAAAAUCAUGAGAAUUGUAGCACAAGGAAAAUAAAUGGUGAUUAUACGACGGAACCGUGCGUUCCUUUUUGUUGGUUUAUAUAUAUAUAUAUAUAUUUUACAAAUCUUUUGUGCAAAUUAGAUCGCUGAAUUUAGAGAAUUAAGAAAAUACUGAAAUAAUUAUUGGACUGCCUGAUAGUAUAUAUGUGUUUCAACUACUUAUAUUUUAUAUCGUUAUCUUUAAGCAUUGAUAAUUGGGAAAAGAUAAUUGAAUACUUGUAGACGGCAUUCAUUAAUUAGAAAUGAUAAUACAUUGUGAUACAAAUGUACAUAUUUGAAAGACAAAUUUUAGAAAAUCUUUUUGUCCCUUUUCUUUGUAUAAUUGUCAAUUUAAUGAUGAACUGUCAAUAAAAUGAUGAAUCAGUUUUCUCAUGUA